AAAAAAAAAAAAUCCCAUCUCCUUACAGAUCAGAACUGUUACCUAGUUUCUGCCUAGAUAUGAUGGGGGCAGGGCGGGUAUAAAUCAGUAUAAUUUACCCCUAAGAUUCUUUUCAAUCCUUUCAUUUCUAAACCUGAGUUUUGGAUUUAGAAUCCAAAACUGGAUUGGAUUAAAAAGUGCAGCCCCCAACAUACCAGAGUUCUACAUUCCCCACCCUCUCUUCAAAAUAAGUAAGUAAGUAAGUAAGUAAAUAUGUCACCCUCUAUUUCACCCUCCAUCUCUGCGAUGACCUAGUUCUGCAUGGGGAAGAGCAGCACUGGGGGGUAUGCCAGUGUGAGCAACCGUACUGUUCUUGAUAGGAGGCUCUGGCAGCCAGAGCAGUGUCCAACCCAGCUGGCUUCACAUCGUUUCAUAAUUCUGGGGGGCUCUGAAUUUCUGUCUUUGGCCCUCAGUAGACUAACCUAGGAAAGCAGACUGAUAGGGGGAGAGAGUGAAAAAGUGAACCAGGCCCCGUGACAACAUUUCAGAUGGUGGGGCGUGCAGGCGUGGAGUCUCAUGUUUAUUCUUUGUGGCUGGGACACAGCUGGCUUUGAAUUAGAACAUUAAAUAUACAGCACCACAGUUUGGUCUCUGGCCCGGCCUCUGGUUUGUGGCACUAGGCCAGUCGCCUCUGCCAGCCAGGCCCUGGCUGGUUCUUCUAUACAGGGAUUACCCCUCAGCUCGCAAUCACACCUGUUAGGUGUUUCUCCUCCGCCCCAACAAACACCUCCCACACCGCGCGGAACCGGGGUGCAGAGCGGGGCGGGGGAGGGGGGAGAAGGGGGCGGAGAAGCAGGGCCCGGCCAGCGGACCCCGUUGGGAAUGGGCUUCGGAGGUGGGUCGGGAGGGGACCCUGCGUAGGCGGGAGCGGUGGAGAAAGACGGAGAGGGGCAUGGGGAGGGCCGGGGAAAGGGGCGUCGCUGCUCGCUGUACGCUUCAAGAGCCCGCCGCCCAGGCGGCGGGGCUGAGCGGCAGAGAUGGGGUUUGCAGCAGCCUCUGCACUCUUCUUCGCAGCCCCAGCACCACCACCCCUCGCCGGGCCGCGGCGCCGGUUAGGCCACGCAGAGUGAGCGGGGGCGCCGGCCGGCUGCUCCUCACCAAGACUGGAGGGCAGGGCGCGGUGGGUCCGCGGCAGGGGGACUCCGCGAGCCGGGCGACCCGCGGUGUCCAGAGCACACCAGCUCCUGCUGCCACCCGGCAGCGGCCGGAACGGAGCUCCCUGCGCGCCCCCCGGGGGCCGGCAGCGACCGGGAGGCUGCGCGGCGCGGCGCUCGGCCCCUCGGCCCCGCAGCUCCACGCACCCAGCGGCGGCGGCGGCGGCGCGGGCUCGGGUGCCCGGGCAGCCUCUGAGCCCAUGGCGGGCAGCGAUGCGGACCGCGAGGGUCGCGCGCGGAGGAGCAGCGCGCCCCGGCGUCCUGGGGAGCCCUGUGGGCCGGGAGGCGAGACUGCGGCCAGCGGCCCAGAGCCGCUGUCCACUGCUGAAGCGCCGGCCGACGGCGCUGCGCUGCCCGCCUGGAUGCGCCUCUACUUCUACGGGAUGCACGGGAUCACCCUGGACGUGCUCCUGUCCUCGGCUCGGCGCUUCGCUAGCAGCCCGGACCUCCGGAUGCUGGGCUUCUCCUCGCCCUAUCGCUGCCUGCUGCACUCGCUCACCCACUUCGCCCUGGAGAAGGUCUACCUGCAGCAGCGGCGCUGCCCCAGCGCCUUCGUCUUCAAUUUUCUCCUCUACCCCUCAGCGCACGUGGCACUGCAGACCCUGGCGGGCCAGGCGCCGCUGCUCGGCCUUUGCAGCGGGCCGGGGGGCGCGGCAGUGCCGGGGACACUGGACCUAGCGCUGCAGUACGUGCUGGCGCUCUACCACUGCCAUGUGUUUCUGAACCGCUUCCUGCGCUUGCGGUACCGGCGGCCGCCAGAGCAGCAGCAGCAGCAGCGUUGGCCAGGCGCGCCCCCCGUCCCUCGGGGCGCCGGGACCCCUGUGGUUGCAGGUGGCCCGCGCCACCUACCCCGAGGCGGCAGGGGCGUCGGAGGAGCCCCCAGUCACGGGCUGCCGGGCCUGCUCCGCUUUCUUUUCUUCGGAAUGCACGGCUUUUUGGAUGAGAUCUUCUUCACUUUCUUCUUUAAUUUGCUGGGGCAGGGAGAUGGGGUAACCAGCGGCCACACGUCACUCUGGUCCUUCUUUAUGUACGGCAGCUGCAGUUUCGUGGUGGAAAAGCUCUACUUCCAUCUCCACUGGAGUCGUGGCUGGAGCACUUGGAAGCGGAUACCCAUCUACGUGAUCUUCAUCUAUGUUUGGGAGUUGUCCUGGGGUCUGGGACUCCGCAUGUGCGGCGCUUGUUCCUGGGACUAUUCUCACUAUCCGCUCAAUUUCAUGGGCCUCAUCACCCUGAUGUAUUUACCUGGUUGGAUAUUCCUUAGUGUGUACCAGGACCUACUUUUCAACGUGUUGUGGCGGGUGCAGUACAUACCAACUAACUAACUAAAAAAAAAAAAAAAAAAAAGCCACUCGAUUCCCACGCACCAAUUCGAUUUAUUUUUACAUGUUAAAAUGGAGUGGGUUUUUUAGCCUUUUAAUUUUUAUACAUUUUACUAAACUCUUUCAUUAUGUUCUAUUCGACAUUUUAGUUUUUCUGACACUUUGGGACCUAUGCAUAAUACAAUAUUUUGAAGUAUUACUCACAACAUAACUCAAAGUACUUGUCAAUAUUUUAAGACCCCUUACGAGCCCAGAUAGCAAAACCAUUAUACCUUAACAUCAGGAGCUGUAGUAUAUUCACUAGGUGGGUGAUAACUACUAAUCUUUUUUUAAGCAAAGAAGUUAUUCAAAUCAGAAAUUACUGAUCAUUGCGAGAUUUGGCGAAAUUUUCUAAUUUAACAAUUUGUUUUCUUUUUAAUACAAUUUCAUUUUAAUUCCCUGCCAUAUUUACCAAUCACUGCUGAAACUCGGUGUCUUGCACUGAUAAAAGGACCAUUAACAACUCUUAAAGUGCCUCCCUCUAGCACACAGGUGGAAAGAAACUGACAAAUGUGAAAAUACAUCCUGUGGAUCGAUUUUUAAAUAAGAAACCUUUUCUAGCAACUCAGACAGGCAACACUGUGUUAAGAUACUUGAUCUCCAUCCUGGAAAUGAUUGUUUUUCCAAUGUGGAUUAGCCUUAAACGCCAAGUGUGUUAACAUUGAUCAGAUCCUGUGUUAUCUAUAGCUGUAAAUUUUGUUCUAAAAUGUUUACCUUAUAUGCCCAAAGGCAAAGCAAAAUUAUACCACCCUCAAUAGAGUUCUAACUCUAAGGACUCUUUCUACAUGAAGUUUCAAGGAUAGAAGCAGUUCCUUAGAAUAAAAUGAACCUGAAUCUGCAUUAUACCCGAAUUAGGCCUAAUUGUAUACUGUUAUGUGUUUUCAGUGUAUUUCUGUCAUGGCUCACUUGUAAACAUCUUUCUUUUUCCUUCUGGACCCACAGAGUUCUUGGGCCAAACCUGAUGUGCUAAUGUGCAUUAUAAAUCAAUGAUAGCAUUUUGGUGACUCAUUAUUAAUGUCUGGAAGCUCCAAAGUUAAAUGAGAUGAUAAAAAACAUUUUAAGAAAUCUUGUCUAAUCAAUUAGUAAUGUCCUUUAAGGUUGUUUGUUGUUUCAUUAUAUUUAGAAAAGGCAAGUAGAAUUGAGUAUAGCUCAGCCAAGGAUGACUAAUACUUUCUCAGUUUUCAUUACAAAGAUAAUUAGGAAAAUUUAGAGGGUGUACAAAUGAAUAGUUUCUGCUUCAAAUUAUUAGGUUGUCUAUGCUAUGAAAGGGGACUUCGUUCUGUUUUCAAAAAAUGCUUGCUGUGGCAUUAGAAACGAAUAUGUCCUUAGGCGAUUGUCAGGAAUAAUUUCGAGAAGGUUGUGAGCUAAAUUGUUAGUAAUGCAAUAUAAUCAACCCUACUUGUGAGAUGGAUCAUGUUAAGCUGAUUAUUAGCUGAGUAGCAACUAAUAAAAGUAAGCCAAAGGUUUGUGGAAAGUCAAAGUGUCACUUUAUGACACUUGGCCAGAGGUGAAGGAUUUCUGAAAACCCUGGUAAGGGAAAAGGCUAAGUAUAGACACGGAGUUAGUCAGAUGCUACAUAAAAUAUUUGUAAUACAAAUGUGACACGUGCGCAGGAAUCUGAGUUAAGUUUGGUACUAUUCCACACCACAUAUUCCUGUGAAUUAACCAAAUCCUUGACUUCUAGAAUACCUGCUAAACAUACAAGUUUGCACUUCCGUCAUCCUUCCCGUGCCGCUCCUCUGCCCUGCUCACCUGCUCACCGACGCUCUUAGGGUCAGAAAUCUGUCAGAAGUGGGGAAGCCUCUUACUUUUUCUUUGUUUGUUUUGCUUUUAAUGUUAAUCCUAUUUUUUAAAAAAAAAGGUUGCAGUUUCCAUUCAUUCAAGAAACCAUUAUUGUGCACCCACUCUUUGCAAGGCAUUUGCCUGAAAUCUGCAGAUACAGCAAUGACCCAA